AUGUUAUCUUCGUACCGCAUGGCUCCCCCAGUUCGACCGUCGCGUUCCCUGGAGGGCCUCGAACAAGUGAUUCCUCCUCUUUCUCCUCUUUCUCCUGCUUCUUCUCAUUCGCCGCUGUCGCCCAAUACGCCGUUUUCUCACCUCUUCCUCAACAAACCCCUCCCCGCCAAACCCCUCUUUGAUGAACCAGAGUGUUCUGCCAUGUGGAGUGACUCCGACAGUGAGACGGAGAGUUGUCCGUCCGAACCUCACGACUCGGUCGAGUAUCCCAUUUUCGUGGACGAUUUCGAGGUUGAUCGCGAUCCACUCCCCGUUCCCCCACUCCGCACGGACAUUGAGAUAGAUGAGCUGGAUGAGCUGGAUGAGCUGGAUGAGCUGGAUGAGCUGGACGAGUUGGACGAACUGGACGAACUGGACCAAGAAGAUCUAGAAAACAUAGUCGCCGAACCACCAGUCUCAGCCUCAGUCUCCUCCUCCUGGUCAGACACUCAAUACGGCCGACCAGUCCAUUGGCAGGGCCAGAACCGACCCGGAACGAACCACUAUUUCCGUGAAAAGAAGUGGGACUAUUUCCCCGAAUUGGCGCCAUCAACACUAGCCGGCCCGAGUCCGCCCAAUUCAAAGCGCAAGAAGAACCUCUCCGCCCUGGAUUUCACCAAAGCCAAAUACCGCUGGCACUCGCUCGAUCGCACGGGGCUAGGCGGCGUCCGCGAGUCCAUCAAGACGUAUGUGCAUCGCACGCUAUCGCGCGAUAGCACAGAGUCUAAGCCCAAAGAAGUGACACGUCCGUCCACUGCUCCGAUGGAUAGAUACAUCGACGAUGCAGCCAGUACUAGCAUUCUAGGCACAAGUCUAGGCAGCAAAGUCUACGUACCACAGCCCUGCUCGUCAGACACAGACGCAGAUGCUCCAUUCCGCGCGACAUCAGUCUCAACAGCAUCGACAUCAGCAUACAGCACCAGCGCCAACACAAGCGCCAAUGCGAGAGUCGCCAGUCUGAGUGCGAGCGACUACGACAACCCCAAUCACCAGAUGUACUACCCGCUCCACGCGCCCCUCUCCCCAGUCUCCCCAACCACCCCGAACAUCCCGCAGAAACAGCUCGCCGUGCCACUGUCCCCGUAUCAGAAAUACGGAUCUUCGGCCUGGGAAACCCCCAAGAAAGCAAAGAAACGCGGUGUUCAAUUCCCGAAAUAUGCCAAGUCGCUCGGGUCUCCGACUCUCGAGCCUGAGACUGGUCCAUACGGCUCAGCUUGUGGUUCUGCUCCGACUCCUUCCCAGAUCUUAUUUGCGAAUCCGACGCCGCCUCUCUCUCCUCCGCUCAAGUCGCAGCUUUUGCUGAACACACGUGGUGCGGUGAAGGUCUUGCAGGGGCGGAAACAUGAGUCGAAAGACGAGAAGAGGAGGGAGUUGUUGAAGGCUCAGAUUAGACUUGUUGGGCCGGUCAAUCCUCAUACUUAUGGGAAGGAUCCUUGGGUUUGA